AUGGGUACGAUAGAAAGUAAUGUGGCCGAUAUCAAGUGUAUUCUCACAAACGAUGAUACUGAAACUAAGGAUGACGGGCAUCAGUCUCCUCCAGAAAAUGGCCAACCACCCCCUGAUUAUAUCGGGGGCCCUCCAUCAGACAGGCAUACCUACAACAGUCAUCCUUCAAUGCCUUUUGGUCCUCUACCAUCAAAUCCACCAUCUCCAUCUUCUCCACCUCCACAAAGUCAGACUUUUUCUCUCACCUUUCAAACUCACUCUCAAGCUUAUAAUGCCAAAAAAGGUAAGAAUCUUUCAAGUGCUUACACUGAUGCUGAUACUGAUGUAAAUGUUGAGCACAUUCCUGACCAAUCAGAUGUAGAUGAUGGAGUCUAUUUCAUGGACUUGUUAUUUAUUGAUGAAAAACCACUUCAUACGGUUUUUCCAGACUCUCAUGAUGAUGAUGGAGUCUAUUUUAUGGACUUGUCAUUUAUGAAAUUCCAUAACACUUGGGGUCUAACAACCCACUAUAAAAUAUUUACGUAA